UGAUAGCGUUUGGUCAGUCAGUCUCCUGUCUGUGUGAUGAGUUGUUGUGGUGAAAGUCUUUAGUGGACAAUAUUUGCUGCAGUAACAUCAACUUUCAUCAGGUUACAUUGUUAAAAAGUAUUUAAGUAACCCAACAAAUACCCUUUACACAAUGUCUGAUAUCCCAGAUGACGCUCCGGCCCCUCGUCUCUCCAUCAUCGUCCAGUGGCCUGAGUUUGACGGCUACGGGUUUAAUCUACAUGCAGAAAAGACCAAACCCGGCCAAUACAUUGGUCAGGUAGACCCAAACUCUCCUGCCGAGGUAGCUGGGCUAGUAGAGGGUGACCGUAUCAUUGAAGUCAAUGGAGUAAAUAUUGCCAACGAAAACCACAAACAGGUCGUUCAGAGGAUCAAGGCUGUACCAGGAGAAACGAGGCUGCUACUGUUAGACCCGAAGGCGGACAAGUACUACAAGAGUAAGAACAUCGUUGUGCGCAGUACACAGGACAAUGUGAUCGUCUUGACUUCGGCCAGAGAGAAGGCACCACCACCACCUACGCAAGAUUUUCUCCCCUCCGCUCCUGUUAGCAACGGCCAUCACCACGACGAGGUAGACAACCGCUCCGUCAGUUCAGCAGCAUCGUCUUCAGCAGCCAGUGAAGCGUCCACGCAGCCACAGCCGGCGGCCGCCACUACUGAGACUGAAAAGGAGUCCGUCCCAGAGGACGUGGAGGAGACUAUGGAAGCCCCAAGGAAUCGAUCUCCCUCCCCUACCCCAAGGGAUCGCUCUCCUUCCCCUGCCCCAAGGGAUCGCUCUCCUUCCCCUGCCCCAAGGGAUCGAUCUCCCUCCCCUCUGCCCGAGGAGGGGGAUGACUCCUCGCAGAAGGGCGACAUAAAGCCUGUGGAGGAACACAUUCCACCUCCAGCGGAAGACGAAUCUCUCCAAGAUGAUAAUGACAAACAUUUUGAGGAAGAACUUAAGCCUUCAAUUGAUGAUUCGUCUUCGCAAGAAGGUGACGGAGCCCCGUCUGAGAGCGAAAUAAUACCUGCUGAAGGUAUUGUGUCUGAAGAAGGCAAAGCAGUAGAGGCUGAGGUUCCCAAGGAGGAGGCCCCGCCCUCUCCCGAGUCCGACUUGGAAGCUGAGUACGACAACGUAGAAUUGGUGGAGGGCAAGGGCGGGGCUGAGGUGGGAGGGGGCGCGGUGCCCCCAACCUCAACCUCCCGGCGCUCGUCCUCAGCCUCGUCCUCUGCUGGGUCACACUCCUCACGCGGUUCAGACGCCGCCCACACUGAUCCUUCCACGCAGAGUCCCAUGAGCACAUCACCGACGCCGCCCCCUUCGUUGGAGCCCGCCCCUGUUCCGGCUCCGUCACCUGUGUCUGCCCCGGCCCCCCCCACCACCACCACAACCACCACUACAAAGCCGCCACCACCACAGCCUGUCACCACCAACAAUACUUACAAAACUGGCGGCCUCAACCUGAACAUGUCUGCUGCGGAGAUGCGAGCAAUGUUGGCUCGUAAGAAGAAGACUGAUCCACGUAAUGAUUCUCUGGACCUGAGGAAGAAGUACGAGAUCAUCCAGAACAUGUAGAUGAUUGGCUACACAGGAGAACACCAGUGAUUAAGACUGAUCACUGGCCCUCACUACCACGAUGAUGAAUAUAUCAUACCUGUACCCUGUUAUGUAAACACAUUUACCCUGUAUAUCUCUUGUUUACAGUUUUAAUUUCACAUGUUUCUUUUUUAUUCUAAAUAUAAUUAGAUCUUUGUUGUAGAGAAGUAAAAUAUUGCCUAUGUAAAUAUAGUUGAGUAAAAAAGGAAGAAUUUUUUUUUUUUGGUAUAUGUACAUCUCAAAUGGCUUUUUAGACUACAAACAUAGUGAUUAAUAAUUUCCUCAAGUUUAUGCCAACUGUCAAUGAGCCACAUCAGAAAAGUUAAAUUAAAAUGACUAUAUACAUUACAGUAUUCAGUUCUGGGUGAACAUGUUACAGUACACUGAUUAUCAUGGCAAAAAUUUCAAAGACAACUUGUACUAACUAAUGACCUGUCCAGUGAUAAAGAAUCAUCAAACCCAUCUAUAAGUGACCAUCAUCUAAAACUUGACACAGUUUAAAUAUGUCAUCAAAUAAUGUGUUGAAACUUUUUAUAGAUACCAAUAAUUUUUUUCAUAAUUGGCCGUCGCCAAGCAAGUUGGACGACAGAGGUGAUGACGUUGUAUCUUGCAGGUCAACUCUAAUGUUUAUACAAUGAAACCUCUAUUUAACAGAAAGUAUAAAGAGGCAAGUCUGUUAUAUUAAGGGUUCAUUAGAUGUGAAACCCCCAUCUAGUGGAUUAUAUGGAAAGAAAAGUUCAUUAUAUGGAGGUCUCACUGUAUAAUGAACAUUGGUAUUUUGUAAUAAGUCUACUUUUACACAGGAACAUUUGACUCCCAGAUUUUUUAACCAGAAUCAUGUAAUGACUAUUCAUACUAUACUCCUUCUGAAAGACAGUUUGUGUUCUUAUUGUAAUUACAAGAACUUCGGUGAACACUGUUCUUGGGUCUUGGUACAUUAGUUUAAACUGUAAUCCUUAAGCAUAUAAUGUUCACUAUUUAGACAACAUGUAUCAGUUAAAUAAUGUACUGUACAGUACUUGUAUCAUUUUAUUAAUGUGAAUAAAAUGGUGAAUCUGAAUAUCAAGACGUUUGGCAAUCUUACGAGGUUAAGGCCAUUGUAUUUCUUAUGCAGUACAGUAUCUUAAUACUGAUUUUUGAAUUAGUAAGAGUUAAUUUGUACUUUUGACAGUCAUUUUGAUUCCCAUGUGGUGAUUAAAGGGACACACAAAAGCUUCACUUCGACAACUUCCAAGGACGGAUCCAGGAAUAUCAAAAGGGGGGGGGGGUCCAAGAAGUUGUGGGUGAGGGAACAUGGCGAACACAGCGAUGUAAGCUCCCCCCAGAAUUUUUUGGGAAAUCUGACCAAUAUCAUGGGCAUUUUGAGGCCAUUUUGAAGCCAUGUGCACUUAAUAUCAAGACCAUAGUAUUGUAAUUACUUUUUACUAUACAAAAAAUGCCCGAUUAUAACACUGCAUUAAAGAAAAAUUAUUUGGAUUUUCUGGUGAAAAGGGGGUAAUGGACCACCAGGACCCUCCCCUCCUGGAUCUGGCCUUGACUUCUAUUCAGCUUCUUAACAUUCUGGCCAGGAUUAGAGAACAACUUUCUUUGUGCCAUCUAAAAUAUUAUGAAAUAUAUUCAGAGAUCCAGUCAAGGUAUUUGGUUAAAAAAUAAAUAAAAAUACCAGGUUGUGUUGGAACACGUAUUCCAAAAUUGGUGCUACAAUAAAUGUGAUAUGCAGUUUUUCAAUUGUCAUUGCUGUACAUUAUAAUCUUCAAAGUUGUGAAUAUUUUGUACUAUAAUGCUAAUGUGAUGAAUAUAAAGUACAGCAAUGUGAUAGAGUCACUUUGGGGACAGGCUGUUUGGUAACUGAAGUUUGUUUUUAUCAUCAUUAUAGUAGACUUAGGAGCUGAGGUGCAACAAACUUCUGUACUGCAGCUUAUACAGUACAGUAUUACCUCAGCUGUGUGCUUCUCCUUCAGCGCCAGGAGACAAAUGCAUAUGUGAACAUGGUCUUAAGUUAUAUCGUCUCCUUGGGCAUCGAGUUUUACACCCUCUGCUGAAUCGCUAACUGAGGUGAUAGUUGGCCUCAUGAACCUGCUGAUCUACUAACUUAGAUAUGAUGCCUCGGUGACAAUUUAACUGAUGGUUAAUUGCUAUUAAUUAGGCUAACAUGACUCUUGAAGAAAAUUUACAAUUUCUGCUCCAAACUACUGUACUGUAUAACCAUUUUUCUUUCCAAAUGACCUUACUGGGACAGUUCCAGAAAGUAGACCAAGUGACAAGGCUGGAAUUACAGUAAGUGACAACAUUGGGACAGUUACAUUAAGUGAAAAACUGGGAGUUACUGUAAGUGAAAAGACUGGGACAGUUACAGUAAGUGACAUGAUUGAGACGAAAGUGAAUAGAUUGGGACAGUUAGUGACAAGACUGGGACAAUUACAGUACAGUAAGUGGGAAGAGUGAGACAGUUACAGUAAGCAAACCACAGUUUACAGCAAAAUAUGUGACGGUAAACUCACUGUCCAGUAUUUGGUUCCAACUUUAAAAUAUGAAGUAAGUUUUUGGUGUUAUUAUCGCACACUCAUGGUUACAAGGUAUAUAUAAUCUAUAAGUGGAGCUCUUAAUUCCUGCCCAUAUUAUUUGUUUUGUAGUCCCAAUUUCAUGUGAUAUGUGACCAAUAUAUCAUUAAACAUUAAAACUUAA